AUGAACGAUAGUCGGCGCAGCAAGCCACCGGCCACCGGCGGCGUCAAGAAGCCGCACCGCUACCGGCCCGGCACGGUGGCCCUGCGCGAGAUCCGGCGCUACCAGAAGUCCACCGAGCUGCUGAUCCGCAAGCUGCCGUUCCAGCGGCUGGUGCGCGAGAUCGCGCAGGACUUCAAGACCGACCUGCGCUUCCAGAGCUCGGCCGUCAUGGCCCUGCAGGAGGCGUGCGAGGCCUACCUGGUGGGGCUCUUCGAGGACACCAACCUGUGCGCCAUCCACGCCAAGCGCGUCACCAUCAUGCCCAAGGACAUCCGGUCCCCUACCGGCCCAUGGAGAGCUUCACUGCAGGAUAGUCUUCCCCCAUCCAAAGGCUGCCAAGAGUCGCAUCCAGUUUUCCUAACAAUACAUAGGCUUUGA